UAGGACUCGAUCGGAAGCGGAAACGAUGUUGUAAAAUGUCUAUGCUAGCUGGACCACGUCGAAAACAGAAGUUAUCGGCAGAUCCUAGAGGGAAUGCUUGGAGUAAAGAUGAAUCCAAAUUUGGACACAAGUUGCUGGAAAAGUUUGGCUGGUCGAAGGGAAAAGGACUUGGAGCGAACGAAGAUGGCAAAGUAGAUCAUGUGAAGAUUUCUAUGAAGAAUGACACCAGAGGUGUUGGAUGUUCCAGGAAUCAUGAAGACAACUGGAUAGCUCAUCAGGAUGAUUUUAAUGACCUGUUGUCCAGUCUUAAUCAAGAUACCCCCGAAAAGGACACAAAUGAUGAGAAAGAAUCUGAUAAGGUCACUGGGUUGGAGAAAAAAUCUAAGGCCUCGCGCAGCAGAGUCCACUACCAAAAAUUUACCAAGGGAAAAGAUUUGUCAUCAAGGUCUCGGGAAGAUAUGGCGUGUAUAUUUGGCCGACGUAAAAUUAAACAGGAGGCCGAUCUUACUCCAUCGUCUGAGGAUGAUGACAGUUCCUCGGAUAGCCAGAGUAAAACCCAACAUGGGGUCAUCACGGUGAGAAGCACAGACAGUGUACAGGACUAUUUCGCCAAGAAAAUGGCCGAAAGAAAGGCUGCCAUGGUGUCUCAAGACUUGGAUGAUAAGUCCGAGGACGAGAUGCGUCCUGGAUUUGGUAUAGAUACAAUUAACAGUGAUGAUGUAGGAAAAACAAAAAAGAAAGUGAGAUUCAGUUUAGGAGAAGUUGAAGAAGAUAAUGUUGACACGUCGAAAACAAAGAAAAAGAAGUUGAAGAAAAACAGGAAAAGUAAAGACAAUGAGGAGAGCAUUGGAGAAACAACCGGAGACACUGCUGAGGAUGAUCAGGAUGAAAAUGAGGAAGAUUGUAAUAAUAGAGACGGCAAUAAGUCUCCCAGGAAAAGGAAACAUUCAUCUGAGUCACAAGUUGAUGAGGAGGUCCAAGCUGUAAAGAGUAAAAAACUGAAAAAAAGUAAAAAAAGAAAGACUGAAAGUCUUAUAGACAAUGAAAACACUGUCAAAACUAUUGAAGCAAAUCUUUCUUCUGACCAGAUUGAAAGUGAAACAAAGUUAGCGAAACGAAAACAAAAAAAACUUUUAUCACAGACCCAGGUUGAAUCUGGUGAGGAGAGCCAGGUUAAGUCCAAGAAAAUGAAGAAAAGUAAAAAGGCUGCACACUUUAUGACUGAAGACAAAUGUUCACAAGUACAAGUACCAACAUCAGAUACACAAGAUUCUGGAAAUAGUGAUUCAGCUGGAAGUCGACUAGUAAAUGACAUGGAACCCGUGAAAAUUGAAACAAAUAUGCCAAACAUUAUACAGAGCAAACUUAAAAGAAUUGAGAAGGCUAGGAAGCUUUAUGUGCUAACACAAAAGUCAAGUGACAGUGGCAAGCCCCUGGAAUCUAAAACAGAUGUGCCUUUAUCACAAGGACAAAAAAGGAGACAUAAAAAACAUGAAAAGAAGCCCCUGGGAUCUAAAACAGAUGAGUCUAUGUCAAACAGACCCAAGAGGAAUACUGAAAGAAAUAAAAAAUCUAGAACUCUACAUGUGCAAACACAAAAGUUGGCGGACAGCCAGGAGUUGGUGAAAUCUAAAACAGAUGUGUCUUUGACAAAAGGACAAAAAAGGAGACGUAAAAAACAAGAAAGGAAAGCAACAAUUAACCCUGGAGGGUAUUUAGGAUAUUGUACUAAACCAUCUGAUUGGCAACUUAAUGCAAAGAGCAAGAAAGUGGUCAACCAGGUAGAGAAAAGUGCUCAGGCAUUUCCAGGAUCCAACUGUAUGACAGUGAUAGGCUAUGGUAAAGAUUCUACUGUGGUUCUGGCUAACAAAAUUGUACAAGCAAGGACUGUUGUCCAUCACAAACAGCACAACCAUACUAACAGAUUUUAGCUCUAACCUUCAGGCUGGGAUGUCGUGUCCACCACAUACCAAACUGUAGUUGAAAACAGUUUAAUUUGUAUUAUUCCAUGGAAUGGGACUCGCAUCCAUCACAAAAUGUUCAGCAGUAAUAAAUGUUUUUAGCUCCGACCAUUGGACUAUAACAGACAUCUAUCAAUCAUGAAUUGUGCAAUAGGGCAAAGUUGUUCAGAUGCUGACUAGCUUAAUGUCUUGUUAACACCAUUUUUUUAACGAAAGUGCAAUUCCUUAAAAUGUCAGUAAAUUUACAAAUAUUUUUACUUAUUCUCUUCAAAGGAUUAUUUUGAAUCCAUAUACAUGCGUUAAAUGCAAAUGGAAACUAUUUUAGUAACUUCAGACACAUUGUUAGAUAAAGAAAACCAUGUUAAAUAUAUUAAAGUGUGAAUUGUGCAUGAAAUACAACUGGAAAAUAUUUUAAUAACUUCAGAAACAUUGUUUGAUUGUAUUCAAGAAAUUGCAUAAUUUUGGUCCAAGAACUGCAUUUAUAGGUUAUAUAAAGUGUACAUGUGCUGAAUUAUUGAUAUAGGCAAAUUACUUGUUACACAUUUUACAUAGAUAUCACAAAAGAAUAAUUUAUUCAUGAUAUUAUAUGUACGCAAGUGUGCUGAAAGUGAAACAUAUUAAUUACCGGGUACCAGGUAUGUUCUUAAAAAUAUAUGAAUUAUUUCAUUAAAUCAUUAUUUUUCU